AUGAAAUCUCUCAAUGGUUUUUUGCUACCCUUAGUCAUAGCUUUUGCCAUUCUUCAAUCAGUCCAAGCUCAAAAUCAACCAGGAUUUGUGAGCUUGGAUUGUGGAUUAAUCCCUAAGAGCACAGUCUAUACGGAGAAGACAACAAAUAUAACAUACACAUCAGACACGGCCUAUAUCGACAGUGGAUUAGUUGGGAGGAUCAAUGAUUCAUACAAGACACCGUUACAGCAACAGACUUGGACCUUAAGAAGCUUCCCUGAAGGUCAGAGAAACUGUUACAACUUCAAGCUUACGGCGAACCGCAAAUAUUUGAUUAGAGGUACCUUUGUGUAUGGGAAUUAUGACGGUCUAAACCAGAUCCCCGAGUUUGAUCUUCACAUUGGUCCUAACAAAUGGACUUCUGUUAUAUUGGAUGGAGUAGCAAAUGCUUCGAUCUACGAGAUGAUCCAUGUCUUACCACAAGACCGGCUUCAAGUUUGUCUUGUCAAAACAGGUAAAACGUCACCGUUUAUAUCGUCCUUGGAACUUCGUCCGUUGAACAAUAAAGCUUAUGUCACGCAAAGUGGAUCGUUGAUGUCGUUCGCCAGAAUUUACUUUCCGGAGACUCCAUCUUACCUCAGGUAUGAUGAAGACUUCCAUGACCGAAUUUGGGUUCCUUAUAGCGAGAAUGAAACCCUGUCGUUAAGUACCAAUCUUCGAGUCGAUACAAGCAGUAACUCCUACGAUGUGCCUCAAAAUGUGGCGAAUUCCGCAAUAAUUCCUGCAAAGCCUACUGAUCCUCUUAACAUAUUGUGGGAUCUCGGCGAUGCCAAAACACAGUCAUAUAUAUACAUGCAUUUCGCUGAAAUUCAGAAUCUUGGAUAUAAUGAGAUCAGAGAAUACAACAUUACUUACAACGGUGAUCAGGUUUGGGAAACUUUCUUUAGACCUGGCAAACUCAACAUCACAACAAUCAUUAGUCCAACAGCGGUGAGUUCUCCAGAUGGGAGAUUCAAUUUCACUUUUACAAGGACAAAAAAAUCUACUCUUCCUCCACUUAUCAAUGCCCUUGAGGUUUAUACAGUUGUUGAAAAUUUACUGCUGGCGACAUACCAAGAUGAAGUCUCUGCUAUGAUGAACAUCAAGAAAACAUAUGGAUUGAGUAAAAAGAUAAGUUGGCAAGGAGAUCCUUGUUCUCCUCAAAUUUAUCGAUGGGAAGGUGUGAAUUGCCUUCAUGUGGACUCAGAUCAACCUCUCAUCAUAUCCUUGAACUUGACAAGAAGCGGACUGAACGGUACCAUAGCCCCUGAUAUUGCUAAUCUUAUACAAUUAAGAGAACUAGAUUUAUCCAAGAAUGAUUUAUCAGGAGACAUUCCACAUUUUCUUGCUGAUAUGAAGAUGCUGACACUCAUAAACUUAAGCGGAAACCCGAAGCUCAAUCUCACAAUUCCAGAUUCUCUUCAAGAAAGGAUAAACAACAAAUCAUUAACACUAAUAAUAGAUGUCAAACCGGGUAGAAAGUUUACUUUGGUUGCUAUUGAGAUAUCGGUGGCUGGCGUGAUCACUGCCCUAGGUAUCCUUACCAUAUGUUUCAUUGUUGCAAGGAAAAAACAUAAUAAAGUUUCAAGCAGCGUAAAUAGUGAGAAGAGAUCAUCCAAUCAAUCAAUCGGAACAAAGGAACGGAUAUUCACGUAUUCCGACAUAUUAAAGAUGACAAAUAACUUUGAGAGAGUGCUUGGUAAAGGAGGCUACGGAAGAGUGUAUUAUGGAAACUUAAAUGAUACUCAAGUAGCAGUAAAAAUGCUCUUUCAUACAUCAGCUGCUCAAGAUUAUAAACAUUUCAAAGCAGAGGUUGAACUUCUUUUAAGAGUCCACCAUAGACAUUUGGUGGGACUUGUGGGUUAUUGUGAUGAUGGUGACAAUUUAGCUUUGAUUUACGAAUACAUGGCAAAUGGAGACUUGAAAGAGAAUAUGUCAGGAAAACGCGGUGAGCAUGUUCUAACUUGGGAAAACAGGAUGCUAAUAGCUAUGGAGGCAGCACAAGGAUUGGAGUAUCUGCACAAUGGAAGUAUUCCUCCCAUGGUCCAUAGAGACGUGAAAACUACUAACAUACUAUUAAAUGAGCUGUUUCAAGCGAAGCUAGCUGAUUUUGGGCUCUCUAGAUCUUCCCCGGUCGAUGGUGAAUCAUAUGUAUCAACAGUAAUUGCAGGAACACCUGGUUACUUAGACCCUGAGUACUAUAUAACAAACUUGCUAAGCGAGAAGAGCGACGUGUAUAGCUUCGGGGUAGUGCUAUUAGAGAUCAUCACAAACCAGCCUGUGAUCGAUAUAACCCGUGAGAGAUCUCACAUUACACAAUGGGUUGGCUUCUUUCUCCUGGAAGGAGACAUUAGGAAUAUUAUCGACCCAAAACUGAUGGGAGAUUUUGAUACAAAUGGUGUAUGGAAAGCAGUGGAGUUGGCGCUGGCAUGUGUAAGCCCUACCUCAAACCGUAGACCGACAAUGCCACAUGUUGUGAUGGAGCUAAAAGAAUGUCUGGAGUCAGAGAUUGCCAGGAAACAAGGGAGUCAAGUGAUGUAUUCUAAAGAUUCUGUUGAUUUUAGCUUAUCUCCUGGUUCCGAACUCUCUCCCGGACCCAGGUGAAUUGAAAGGAUUUAAUGUUUUUGAACAAAUGAUAAGUUGAAAUGAACGUUGAAAAUGUUAAGUUAUCUUUGAAAUUGAACUUUUUUCUUUUAUGUGCAUCGGCAAGCAGUUCGUUUCAGUAGUGCUGUAUGUGUAACUUUCUUGGGUUACAAGAAACCAUAUUUUCUAUGCAUGUGUUGUUUAUUGGGUUUUUUUCUCUUUAUUAUAAAAUUAAAGUU